AUUUCCCUGUUUCUCCAGGACCCUAAGAACAACCGGAUAGAGCAGUGGCUGAAUGUGGUCCCCCAAGACGGCAUCGCGGAUCUGUCUUUCCAGCUGAGUGAUGAGCCUCUGCUGGGGACGUACGUCAUCAACGUAACCAGUGCCAACACCUACAGCAGCUUCUCCGUCGAGGAGUAUGUGCCGCCAAAAUUUGAAGUGACCUUUGAGGCGCCACAUCAGAUUUACGCACUAGAUCAAACCUUCCCGCUCCGGGUGUGUGGCAGGUACUCCUAUGGCAAAGGCGUCCAGGGGAUGGUUCACGUGAGCCUUUGCCAGGGGAUAGCCCCGUUCCUGCCCAGUGCUUCGAAACCUCAUCUCUGCCAGGAGUUCAGCAACCAGACAGACAAGACAGGUUGCUUCUUCACAAACGUGAGUCUGUCCUCCUUCAGUCGAGACUUUCGGUACUAUCAGGACAGCGUAGUUGCGGAGGCUUUGCUGGUGGAGGAUGGCACAGAGGCACGUGUCAAUGCUUCCCGCAAAUUACUCAUCUCCAAGAUCCGCGGGAUGGCCGUGUUUGACGAUGUGAAUUCUUACUACCACGCUGGAGAGACGUACAAGGGCAAGGUUAAAGUCGUCGACUACCAAGGCAAGGCACUGAAGCAUAAAACAGUCCUCCUCGUAGUAAGCUGCGGUGAGCACCAGUGGAAGCAGAAAUACAUCACUGGAGACUCUGGGACAGCUUCGUUUAGCCUGAACACAACUGCUUGGAACAGAACCUCAGCCUCCCUGGAGGCAAGUGUCCUGCAUCAAGAUGAUUUGGAUAAAGAGGCUGAGACGGUUGAUUUGAGUUACCAGCGAGCCUCUUAUUUCGUACGUCCGUUCUACAGCACCAGUAGGAGUUUUCUCUCUGUCGUCCGUGUGCCGGAAAGGAUGCCCUGCGGUAAAAAGCAGGCUGUCCAGGUGGACUUCAGGAUUCAUCAGGAGGACCUGGAACACGGGCCCAAGCGUGUCAUUUUCUCCUACUUUGUCACGGGGAAAAGAGGGAUAGUCCACGCAGGUCAGAAGACUGUUUGGGUCGGGCUGCCAAGAAUGCUGAAAGGCUUCUUCUCCAUCCCACUUACCUUCAGCUUGAUCUACGGUCCCGCUCCAAGACUUAUUGUUUAUGUUAUCUUCCCCAAUGGAAAAAUCAUCGCUGAUUCUGCUGUCUUCAGUGUCUCCAUGUGUUUCCGAAAUAAGGCGGAGCUGAGCUUCUCGGUGCCCGAGACCCUUCCUGGAUCGGAGGUGGGAUUGCAGCUGCUGGCAGCGCCGGGUUCCACAUGUGCCAUCUGGGCUGCGGAUCGGAGCGUGCCUGUGCUGAGGCCGGGAAAAGAGCUCAGCAGCCCCUUGAUCUCUGGGCUGUUCCCGUCUGUUUAUAACUCCGGGUAUCCUCGCCAAGUGUCUGAAGAUGCUGGUUGGUGUGGCUUCCCAAAUUCUGAUGAGCCUGAUGUGUUUACAGCGUUCAGGGAAAUGGGGUUAAAAAUUAUAUCCAACACCAAUAUCAGGAAACCCAGAGCGUGUCCAACCACUCCAUCGACAACUAUGCUGCGGGAUACAGCAAUGCUUACUUCCAGGCCCAUGUUGAUGUUUGCCCAGCCCCUCAAAGCACACAGCACAGAACAUCUGACAGCACCCACCUAUCGGCGCUCCGUGUUUUCACUUGUGUCUUCAGCGGAAGAGAAACUGCCCAAGCAUUUCCUCAAAACCUGGAUAUGGGAUUUGUAUUCCGUGGGUCCUGGUGGGAACAGAAGUGUCACUGUCACUGUGCCUGACACCAUCACGGAAUGGAAAGCAGGGAUGUUCUGCACAGGACCUAAUGGCUUUGGACUUGCUCCAGUCUCCCGCCUGCGUGUUUUCAAGCCCUUUCUUGUGGAGCUCACAGUGCCAUCUUCUGUGGUCCAGGGCGAGACCUUCCUCUUGAAGGCAACGGUCUUCAACUCCCUGCUGCGAUGCAUGAAGAUCCAAGUGACCCUGGAGGAGUCGGCCCACUUGCAGCUGAAGCCGUGCAAAGGCUGUGUCUACAGCAGCUGCUUGUGCGCCGGAGAAGCUGAGACCUUCCAGUGGAGUGUCACAGCUGAGCGACUGGGGGUCAUGAACAUCACCCUCAACACGGAGGCUGUGGCCACCAGAGAGCUCUGUGGCGAAGAGAUACCGUUUGUCCCCAACCAAGGACAGAAAGACACCAUCACCAAACUGCUCCUAGUCCGGCCGGAGGGAGUGCUGGUAGAAAAGGCUCACAGCUCCGUCCUGUGUCCCCAGAAAGGGAAUCCAGCACAGGAGUCCGUGUCCCUGAUGUUGCCUCUGAAUGUGAUUGAAGGUUCGGUCAGAGCCACCGUCUCGGUCACUGGUGACCUGAUGGGGACAGUGCUGCAGAACAUGGACCGCCUG